CUGAGGAAGGGGAAAACAGAAAUAAAUCAAAGAUGGCAUGCAACAGAGAUGAUAGUAAAGACAGGUUGGAGAUGAGGCAUAAUCACAGCCAGUGGGAUGAGUUACAGGGCAAUAGAGGUGAGGUGCAGUUAAAACAGAAAGCAGCAAAUACUGGACUGAAAGUGUUGUAUUUGAAUGCACGCAGCAUAAGAAAUAGAAUGGACAAUUUUGAAAUUCAGCUACAGAUUGGCAAGUAUAACGUUGUGGCCAUCUCUGAAACUUGGCUAAAGAAUGGCUGCCAUUGGGAGUUGAAUGUCCAAGAAUAUGCGGUGUAUCAGAAAGAUAGUUUAAUAGGCAGAGAGGCUGGUGUGGCCCUGUGUAUAAGAAAUAAUAUUAAAUCAUUGGAAAGGGAUUUGUUGGCUGGUGGCGUAGUGGCAUCAGCACCAGACUUCGGAGUGAAGGCUCCCGAGUUCAAAUCCAGCCAGCUGCCUUGCAUGCUUUCAAUCUGUGCUGGGUUGAGCGUCGAGCUAGCAACUCUGCCUCGUAAAAACAAGAAAGCCUGCUUAAAAAAAAUGCUGUCAUGACGGCAUCCCGAUGACUCCACUCGAAGUUGGGGGCUUUCUUCUUCCAUUAGAAAGGGAUGACAUAGGAUCGGAAGGUGUAGAGUCUCUAUGGGUUAAGUUAAGAAAUGGCAAGGGUAAAAGAACCCUAAUGGCAGUUGUAUACAGGCCUCCAAAGAGUGUCAGGGAAGUGAAGUAUGUGCAGUGAAAAUUAUGACUGGGGAGGUGCUCAGGAAGCUUAGUGGUCUGAGGGUGGGUAAAUCUCCUGGACCUGAUGGAAUGCACCCUCGGGUUCUUAAGGAAGUAGCUGGAGAGAUUGUGGAGGCAUUAACAAUGAUCUUUCAAGAAUCAAUAGAUUCUAGCAUUGUACCGGAUGACUGGAAAAUUGCAAAUGUUACUCUGUUAUUUAAGAAGGGUGGGAGGCAGCAGGAAGGAAACUAUGGACCUGUUAGCCUGGCAUCAGUGAUUGGGAAGUUGUUGGAUUACGGAGUACCUGGAGGCACAUGACACGAUAAGCCAAAGCCAUUAUGGUUUCCUGAAAGGGAAAUCCUGCCUGACUAACCUACUGCAAUUUUUUUAAGGAAAUUACAAGCAAGGUAGACAAAGGAGAUGCAGUGGAUGUGGUGUACUGUAUUUGGAUUUUCAGAAGGCCUUUGACAAGGUGCUGCACAUGAGGCUGUUUAGCAAGCUUUAUGCCAGUUCUUACAGGCUUCUAAAGGCAGAGGUGGUGCUGGGCGUGUCAGUUCAAGUGCAAAUGAAGGUGAAAAUUAUGAACAGAGCCCUUUGCGCAGAACCUUUAAAUCUAAAGUGUUGGCUCAUUAUCCAGAAAAUGUGGAAUGGAACCCCUUUGAUCAGGAUGCUGUUGGGAUGCUCUGCAUGCCGAAAGGCCUUUCCUUUAAAACACAAUCUGACAACCGAGACCCACAAUUCCAUUCGUUCAUCAUCACGCGAGAGGAUGGUUCUCGCACCUACGGAUUUGCUCUCACGUUUUAUGAAGAGGUGGCAAGUAAACAGAUCUGCAGCGCAAUGCAAACGCUGUAUCAUAUGCAUAAUGCAGAACAAUACGAUAUUCUUCAUACCUCAUCCGCAAUCUGCAUAAACUCAGCGGAGGGUAUCUCUGAAAACUGCAGUGACAUGUCCACGGGAGUUUCUAAACUACAGCGUUUUAACUCAUAUGAUAUUAGCAAGGAUACACUUUAUGUCUCAAAAUGCAUUUGCUUGAUUACACCCCUGCCUUUCAUGCACGCCUGUAAGAAGGUUCUUGAACAACUCUAUCAAGCUGUGACUUCUCUUCAACCUCCUCCACUACCACUGGAAAGUUAUGUUUACAAUAUUCUAUAUGAAGUGCCACUGCCACCAGCAGGGAGAUCGUUAAAAUUUUUGGGAGUAUAUGGUUCAAUUGUUUGUCAGAGGCCAAGUGCCAAUGAAUUACCACUAUUUGACUUUCCAAUUAAUGAAAUGUUUGAACUUUUGGGUCUGGAAAAUGUGCUCCAACUCUUCACCUGUGCAUUGCUGGAAAUGCAAAUCCUGCUGUACUCCCAACAUUACCAGAGACUGAUGACAGUAGCAGAAAGUAUCACAGCAAUACUGUUUCCCUGUCAGUGGCAACAUGUGUAUGUCCCCAUCCUCCCAGCAUCACUCCUUCAUUUUUUAGAUGCUCCUGUUCCUUACUUGAUGGGUUUGCAUUCCAAUGGGCAGGAUGACCGGUCUAAGUUAGAGUUGCCACAAGAGGCAAAUCUGUGUUUUGUGGAUAUAGACAACCAUUUUAUUGAGUUGCCGGAAGACUUGCCUCAAUUUCCAAACAAAUUGGAAUUUAUUCAAGAAGUCUCUGAAAUUCUCAUGGCUUUUGGGAUUCCACCUGAAGGGAACUUGCACUGCAGUGAAAGUGCCUCUAAGCUGAAAGACUUCAAAGAGAGUGAUGUGGCCUGUGAUAAGAAGAACGGAAAUGUUGCUGGGUCAGCACUGAACACUUAUGAAUUGCUGAAGGAAAAUGAAACCAUGGCAAAACUGCAGGCUCUCGUGAAGAGGACUGGUGUCAGUUUAGAAAAGCUGGAAGUGAGAGAAGAAGCUGGAAGUAACAAAGAUUUGAAGGUUCAUUGUGACGAGGAAGAGCUGAGGAUCCAUCAGCUAAACAUCCAGAUCAGAGAAGUCUUUGCCAAUCGCUUUACCCAGAUGUUUGCUGAUUAUGAGGUAUUUGUAAUUCAGCCCAGCCAGGACAAGGAAUCCUGGUUCAAUAAUCGGGAACAAAUGCAGAACUUUGAUAAGGCUUCUUUCCUUUCAGACCAACCUGAACCCUACCUACCAUUUCUGUCCAGAUUUCUUGAAACGCAAAUGUUUGCGUCAUUCAUUGACAAUAAGAUAAUGUGUCACGACGAUGAUGAUAAAGACCAAAUUUUGAGGGUGUUUGAUACCAGAGUUGACAAAAUAAGGACUUUGAAUGUUAGGACGCCAACACUGCGUACAUCAAUGUAUCAGAAGUGUACCACUAUUGACUCAGCAGAGAAGGCAAUUGAGCUGCGACUUGCAAAAAUUGACCAUACCGCAGUACACCCUCACCUCCUAGAUAUGAAAAUCGGCCAGGGAAAGUACGAAUCUGGAUUCUUCCCGAAACUACAGUCAGAUGUGCUUUCCUCUUCACCAGCCAGUAACAAGUGGGUGAAGAGGAGUGCCCCUGCCCAGUGGAGACGAAAGGAUCGGCAAAAGCAGCACACAGAACACUUACACCUUGAUAAUGAUCAAAGAGAGAAAUACAUUCAGGAAGCUCGGAAUCUUGGCACGGGCAUGCGUCAGCCUAAGCUAUCCAACCUCUCUCCAUCAGUAAUCGCACAUACCAACUGGAAGUUUGUUGAGGGUCUGCUGAAAGAAUGUCGUAAUAAAACUAAGCGCAUGUUGGUGGAGAAAAUGGGGCGUGAAGCAGUAGAGUUGGGUCACGGUGAGGUGACGCUCACAGGAGUGGAAGAGAAUACGUUAAUUGCAAGUCUCUGUGAUUUGUUAGAGCGAAUUUGGAGUCAUGGACUACAGGUCAAACAAGGUAAAUCAGCCCUUUGGUCUCAUCUGUUACAUUACCAAGAGAACAAAGAGAAAAAGGAAGCUUUGCUUGGAACGACCAGCAGCCCAGGAUUCAACCAGGAUCAAGACAGGAGGAAGCUUGAUGGCUCUUGGAUGCCUCCCUUAAAGAUCUCACUCAUCCAGGAUAUGAGGCAUAUACAGAAUAUUGGUGAGAUCAAAACUGAUGUGGGAAAAGCUCGAGCAUGGGUACGACUUUCAAUGGAAAAGAAAUUGCUGUCUAGACAUCUCAAGCAGUUGCUUUCAGACCACGAGUUAACAAAAAAACUUUAUAAACGUUAUGCCUUCCUUCGCUGUGAUGAUGAGAAGGAACAAUUCCUGUACCACCUCCUUUCAUUCAACGCAGUGGAUUACUUCUGCUUUACUAAUGCAUUUACAACAAUCAUGAUUCCAUACCAUGUGCUGGUCAUUCCUAGUAAGAAGCUAGGAGGCUCCAUGUUUACAGCAAAUCCCUGGAUCUGUAUAUCAGGAGAGCUGGGAGAGACGGGUAUCCUACAGAUACCCAAAAGUAGCCUUGAAAUGACAUUUGAGUGUCAGAACUUGGGAAAACUUACAACAGUGCUCAUUGGUCAUGAUAACUCGGGGUUGUAUGCCAAGUGGCUUGUGGACUAUGUUGUGGUUCGGAAUGAAAUAACAGGUCAUGCAUAUAAAUUUCCUUGUGGCAGGUGGCUAGGAAAGGGAGUCGAUGAUGGGAGUCUGGAAAGGAUCCUUGUUGGUGAACUUGCUUCAGGCACACAAGAAACUGACGAGCGUCACUGUCGAACUCCCCCAAUGCAGCAAUCUCCAAGUAUGAUCAGGAGGUUUGUCAAUAUAACUCCUACCAAUAGACCAAAGCUAAACACUGGCCAGAUACAAGAAUCUGUAGGCGAAGCCAUCAAUGGGAUCGUCAAGCACUUUCACAAGCCUGAGAAAGAGAGAGGUAGCCUGACAUUACUGCUGUGUGGGGAAAAUGGACUUGUGUCAGCUUUAGAGCAAGUGUUCCACCAUGGGUUUAAGUCACCUCGACUCUUCAAAAGUAUUUUCAUUUGGGAUUUUUUGGAAAAAGCAUCUGUAUACUUUGAGAGUUUGGAACAUAUUGAACAUACACAGGAAGAGAACUGGCAAACUAGGGCUAAGAAAUUUUGCAAGUUUGUUGCUGCUAUUAAUAAUGCUCCUAGGAACAUCGGAAAGGAUGGGAAAUUUCAGCUACUGGUGUGUCUGGGAGCAAGGAAUCACCUCUUGCAUCAUUGGAUUGCGCUGCUUGCUGAUUGCCCUAUUAUUGCUCAGAUGUAUGAAGACACAGCUCUGAUUAAAGACCACACUCUAGUUAACUCCCUGAUCCGAGUGCUGCAAACUUUACAGGAAUUUAACAUCACACUGGAGACGUCACUGGUCAAAGGUAUUGACAUUUAAAAACAAUCACCAGCAUCCAGGAAAGGACCAUGCAAAAAUUUUGCUGCAUACCUGACAAAUAAAAUUGAAACUACAAAGGGAAAUAUUGGAAUUCAAGAACUUGUCUUGAAGUUGCAGGAGCUAUUUGCCAUAUAAUGUAUGCACAGAGCCAUUUUGAACCUUUACCUAAGAUUGCAUUAGGCUAUUGUAAAGUUUGAGAGAAUGUGCAUAUGUGCAGACUUUUACUGUAAUGUCAGCUGUCUAUAGUCUUUCUUGGUUGUACAGUGUAGUGCAGCCUAUCCAAGAACAAUGCUUGUUUAAAACUUUUUUUUGUCGAAAGCAAGAAAGAAGUAUUAUGUUUGAUUUCUUUUGCUGCAGUUUGUCAAUAUUUGCACUGUUAACCUGCAGUUUAAAUAGUCUAAUUUUUUUAAGUGUACAUAAAGACAGUGCACUGAAUUAUGCACAUUUACUAAGUAGCUGCUAAAAAGUGUGUGUGUAUAUAUGUAUAUAUAAAGAAAUUUGUAUGUGUGUAUCUGAUAUACAUGCGCAGUAUUCUUGUAAAUUUAAUUGGCAAGUUGGUAGUAUUUUUUCACAUGUUGAUCAAAGGAUGAAGAUAACAUUCUGAUAUUGUGCCGAACAAAUACGGUAUUUGUAAUGUUUUUGAUUAAAAGAAAUACUCUUCCUUUGUUUUCAGUUUACCAUCAAUUACAUAAAGUUGAUAAUUGAUAUCUCAUAAUUAGACAUAUGCCCUUGGCAUUCAAGCUCCUAUGAAGGUAUCUUAAUGAACUUAAAGUUCAAAAAGCUGUACAUUCAUAUACAUUUUUGUGCAUAUGUCUGGCUUUUCAUGCAUUUUCUGAUUGGCUGCUGUUACAUUUUAUAUCAUCUGUAACAUAGAGAACAUGGGAGGAAGUUCCACCAACUGGAUUAAUACACUUGAAUUUAAAGUUUACUCUUUUCCUUUUGUGCAUGUAACAUUCCUGGUGAAAAAUGUUUUCUGGAAAAAUUUUGUAUUUUCUUUUAUCUAUGUCUUUGGCAUUACAUCUUAUUUAUCACUUAAAUACAUUAAGAAAAAUAAGGUUAAAAUGAAAGUUCAUCAUUGAAUGUAGGAAUUUUUUUUUCAACCAACUGUGAUUUAGGUGAAACUUUUGACUUUAUCAAAUUAUAGUGUGGCAAGUUAUUUUUCUGUAAAUUGGAUUUCAUCCACAAUUCACCAAUAUUCCUGUGAAAUAAGUUUUAUUGCAGUAGUACAGAUUUAGCACUGGUAAUAUCAGUCUUGUUUUCAACUUUCGUUGUGCCAUUUAAAUUUUAAGUAGCUGUGCGUAAUAUCCAGAUUAUUUCCCAAUAAGCUUUGAAACGUUUGUGAAAUAAUAUCAUCAACCUCUGGUUUAUAUUCAGUGGAAAAAUGACUUGCAAGCCAUUUGUAAUGAAUAGCCUAAUGGUAGCUGGUUGGUUUCUGCUUCUGGAAGCAUGAUAAACAACAACUAUUCUGCCUUGGGUUCUUCGGCAAACAAUAUUGCCAUACAUUCAGAACAUUGUAAUGGGAAAGUUCUUCGGGGAUUUAAGUUUGUUAUGGGCUGACACUAAACUGGAAAUUGGUAUUCCAGAAGAAAGAAAAUGUCCGGUUAUAUCUGUUAAUGAUCUGAAUGGAAACUUGCUUGUGUCUUGCCUCCCCUUUUUCUUUUGAUCCUUUUAGAAGCCGGGCACUAAAGGUAGUGCAGAGCUGAAUGGUUGCCAGUGAUUUCUCUCUUAAUUCCUCCUUAUGGACAUCAGAUUGAGUUUCCUUGCAUUAACUACAUUGCAAGUUUAUUGAAGUUCGUUGAAUAGGCUGAAAGAUGUAAACAGUUAUGACUUAGUUCCCUGAGGAAUUACUUGUUUUCAACUUGCCCAAUGAGCAUUUGCAGUGUUCAGUAAAGUGUGAUAAAGUAACCCUCAUUAGAGCAAUUGAAAACCAAAUUAUAUUGUAGUCAUAAUAUUACAAUAUACAACAUUCUGUAGUUUUUAAAAGAAAAUUUGGAGUGCCAUAAUGUAGAUAUUGCCAUAUAUUCAGAGUAAGUUGUAUACUGUAGUUGAAAUUUAGGAAUGAUUUUCAGUACAUCAGUGAUUGAACUAGUGUAAGCUAUUGUUACAGUUGGCAGUUCCUAUGAACUUUCUGGCAUAUAAUUCACCAGACACUACUUUGAUGAAGAAUGAUAGAUUCCUAUCCUGCAAAGUUUAAGUUCACUUAAUGCCCUUGCAUUAAUGUUAAACAGGUGUAGCCUUUGAAACAUAAUCCCUGGGGAAAAGUGAUUAGGAAAAUUAAUGGCUAAGGUAUUACUUUUGUAGCUCAUCUGACUAUUUACUGGUGCUUUAACAUGCUCUGUAUAGGCUGUUUAUUUUUUUUUCAUUUUGACAAGUUGCCAAUAAUGAUACAGCAAGGGAAAAACUGGGCAUUUGGGACCAGAGUGAUUAAAAAGAUCCACUUUGUAUCUCCCUAACCAAUUAGACUGAAGGAUUCAUACCAUUCAAAGCUGUUUUAAUAAUUGAGCAACUGUGUCAUAACUACGAUAAAAUGGAAUUGAGUGUCAUAAGUGAGGGACCAUAACAACUAGUAAAUCAAAACAAUUAAUUUGGGGAAGCUUCUUUGUCAAAGUAAAAUCAAUGUGGAAUACAACAAGCAGCAAUACCAUAACAAGUGUACAUUUGUGGGGAAACUAGAUAAACAUGCAUGGGGAAAAUGUAACCUGUUAUGAAAGCAGAAUUAGGUUGGAAAAAACUGUGAGUAGAUUAAUAUAAAGUUAAGGUCCAAAGAUACAUUUCUUUAUAUUCUAUUAAUUUAAAAUUCAAUUUUAUUGUUUGUUAAAAUCUAUAUUGAUUUUUGGCAUCAGUUAUCAGAAUUUUUAUGUAUUAGAAAUAGAACAUUUCAUAUUCUUACCUCCUCAGCUUGUCUGGGCAUAUGGUACAAUGCACAUUCAUCUACUUACCCAAAAGUCAACAUUUCUAAAAAGUUGGUCUUUUACCAUAAUAUUUGAUUCUUCACUGAUAUUAGAUCAGAGAUGUUAAAAUUGUUCAGCAUUACAAAUCUGGAAAAGUUUGCUUUCAAAAUGUACUAAUGUAAACAACAAUGUCUGUGGUCACCAUUCUGUCCCCACUUUAAGUAGGAGAUUUUCUUGUUUUUAACAAAGUUGUAACAUUUUUUUCUGUACAUAUUUUUUUUGCCCCAUCUCUCAAACACACGGAUACACACUCUCAGGUUCCACAAAACCUGUGGUUAUUUUCCUUUCAGAUCUGAUGCUGAGUAGCUCAGACCUCUACAGUGUCAUGGAGUGGGUUACAAGGUGGCACUUCAGGAUAGUGGAUUCCAUGAGCAAACUUUCAGCCACUGUUGCAAAGGCAUACUUUUCCAGUGUUGAAAAGAAAUUUCUAACAUUACUUAAAGUACUUCUAAUUGUGCAGGUCCCAGCCUAUGCAGCUCACACCUGGGAACCUCUGGCAAGUCCCCUUAAGUAAACAACAUACCACAAUGACCCUUGGGAGUGGACCUUUUAAUUCCCACUAAUUUGUUAGCCCAUUCUUCCCAUUGAGUAUUGACUAUCUUAUCAAUCCACCCCUCAGUUCCCUAAAAUCCAGACACAGAUGUACUGUAACUGAUUUAUUUUCGUGCAUCUCACAAUGAUUAAAUAUCUUCCUGGAUGCGGUUCCUCACAUGGAGCCUUUGACAUUGCACUACAGAAUUUUACAUCCUUGGAUAAAAUAUUAACUUAGACUCUCCUUCAUCCACUAUAUUUGCCUUUUUUUGUUAAAUUCUGAACCUUCAAUCAUUCAAAAUGUUUCAAGUAUUUUGAACAUUUGCAGUAAUUGGAAAUGUAUUGUAAGAACAUUAAUAUUGUUUUACCAUCAGAUUGCUCUUUUGUUUAAGCUUUGAGUUGAAUGACUUUGGUUCCUCCACAAGAAUGAGUUAAACUCCUCUUUUCUAAUUUAUUCAUUCAUGGGAUGAGUACAUCCAAAGUAUUUAUUGUAUUUCCAUAAUUGACCUUGAACAUAAUAACCAUAAUUUGGCCAACGUAUUGGCUUUGAGUUGAAGUACCAUUUUGGUGUGAAGGCAUAUAGAACACAGUAGAGCAAUUCAGUCAGUUCUAUAUAUCUUGAAGCUCCAAUUUAUGAGAGGAAAAGGGCAAUAUUAGAUUUUAUUAAUGGAAAAGCAGCAACCCACAAACGUGUCUGUUCAAAAGUAUGCUAGUAAUUCUGGUUGGGGAAAACAGCUCAUAUUUUUAUUAAACAACACACAUCAAAGUUGCUGGUGAACGCAGCAGG